AAUAUGUAGAUUGAAUUUAAAAAUUCCCGGCUUUUAUCACUUUAUAAAUAUGUCAUGUGAUAAAUAACCUUCCUGGUAAACCAGACGGGUCUGAAUAUUUCGAACUAAAAGUUUGUGUUUAAUGGCGACACCUACUAAUAGCUGUGGUAUUUGUGAACUCCGUCACAUCACCAAACCAUCAAUUAUCUGGUGUACAGAAUGUGACGAGGGACUAUGUAUAGAAUGCAAGGAACAUCAUAGCUUGUCUAAGUCGUCGAGAAAUCAUUGCGUGAUACCUUUUACUGAAUACGAGAAAUUACCAGCUGAUAUACUUAAAAUUACUCAGUACUGUACCAAACACGAUAAAAAAUAUCAAAUAUAUUGCCAGAAACAUGAAUUUCCUUGCUGCAACAAAUGUAUCGUGGAAAUCCAUAAAGAAUGCAGAGAUUUCGUCGAAUUAGACGACGUCAUUCACAAUGUCAAAACCUCCAAUGCCAUGUGCGAAAUAGAGGAAACAUUAGUUGAAGUAGCAGAAAAUUUACAGAAAAUUCGUCAGCAUCAACAGGACAAUCUAACGACAUUUAAAGAAAGUAGAAAGGAAAUAGAAAAAGAAAUAAAGAAAACCAGAAUAAAGAUCAACAACCAUCUUGACAAACUACAAGAGGAUUUAAUGAAACAACUAUAUGCGAUAGAAGAAAAAGAAAACUCGAAAAUUUGUCAGUUAUUGUCAACAUUAGAAAAGAAAGAAAAGGAAAUAGCAGAAUGCCAGAGAAACAUUAUGAACAUGAAGCAACAUGCAACGGACCUUCAAGUCUUUCUUUCAAUGAAGCAAAUAGAAGAGGACGUCUAUAGCAAAAAUAAAUUCCUACAGUUGCUUGAAGAAGGCAGAAGUUUCAAGCAAACUUCUCUUUCGUAUAAGAUCAACAACUCUAUCCAGAAUAUCAUGUCCGAUAUCAAAUGUUUUGGAGAAGUGCGUAUUGAAGCUAAAUCUUGCGAUAUUGUUCUGAUUAGGAAAAAGGCCAAACAAGCCCAAAUGAUGGUACCGACCGUUCAAUCAAGAUCUAUUGAAAAUAUAACGUUAACGAAACAAAAGACCAUCAACACUCAAGGAGACUGCAUCACCGGAUGUUGCAUGCUGUCGGAUGGUAGAAUGGCAUUUACUUACUACUUUGAUUGUAAGGUAAUUAUACUUAACAUGAAAGGAAUAACAGACUUUGAAGUGAAGAUGCCGUGUAACGUGUUUGAUAUAGUGUACAUCAGUGAGGACAAUACAUUGGGUGUCACAUCUGGUGGUUCAGGGAAGACGUGUAUUACCAUUAUAGACUUGGAAAAGAAACAAAUAAAGAAAACAAUUUCACUAGAUUCGACAAAUUACGGCAUAACAUUAAAAGAUAAUGGAUUGGUUUAUUCUGCUCACAACAAAGGUAUACGAAUGAUUAAUCUGCACGACGAGUCUAUUAGUGAUGUAGUUCGAGACAAAAUGCCCAGUAAUUGUUAUAUUGCAACAUUUAGGGACAAUAUAUAUCAUACAAACUAUCAAGCAAACACUGUAACGUGUUAUAAUCUACAAGGUGAAAUACAAUGGACAUUCAAAAAUGAAAGCGUUCUGGAGAAGCCUCGAGGUAUAGAUGUAGAUAGUGAUGGUAAUGUGUACGUAGUUGGGUAUUCCUCGAAGAAUGUGGUAGUUAUCUCCCCUGAUGGACAACGACAUAGAGAAGUAUGGACAACGAAGGAUGGUCUUGAUAUUCCUUUUUCACUUCAUUAUAGUGGACCAAGGAAACAGAUGUUAGUCGCGAACUUCCAUAACACUGUUCAUUUGUUUAAUGUUAUUUGAAAAAGUUUACAGUUUAAUUUUCUCUCCCUUUAGGUCAUUCUGUGCAGUGUUUAUAAUACCUACAUUUUGGAAACCUAUUUUGUUACUUUCUGGCAGUAAUAUGAUAUGCAGUGUGUGUUUUAAACAGAAAUCUAACAUAGUUAUUAAGCUUAUAUUAUUAAACUUGUGUAUUCUAAUAAAUUUAAUGGAAUGAGAACACUGGUAUUAUCACGAACCAGAAACGAUGUUGCCAGUAAAUAAAUUUAAUAGAAAUACAAGAUUUCGUGUGAUUGCAAAUGUGGCAACUAUCAACCAGAGACAUAAUGACGUGGUUGUAAUUAUUUAUAGGUUACUGGGAUUAUUGAUACCAUAAAUAAACUACCACCAAAUUUCUAAGAUGGAAAAAGACAUUAUACAUGACAAAAUAUCAAUCACUGACAAAUUUUCUUACUUGGGACAGGCAAAUGUACAUGUGGCGAAGUAAGACUAAUAUAAAUCGCCAAUGGAACAACAUGAAAUUAUAAAAUCAGUAAAAAUGAAUAUUUACAAAAUCAAUGAUAACGGCUGUAUAAUACAACUUGUAAUAAAUAGUAAAAUAAAAUACUAAACCGUAUAAAGACAGUUACUGUAAACAAGUGGAAUAACUUAACCUUCUAAUUCGAAACCAUCAAUCUCUAUACUGGUAUAAUAAUAUUUGUGGCUAAACUUGAGAGUAGAUUGCAUGUUUUGAUCAUUAUUUGCAUUUGGGAUUUAAAGAUUUUCAUUGCAGAAACUAAUGAACAAAUUUAAGCUAAACGAUUGGUAAACAAUCAUGGCUGUUUUUAAUGGAAAAUAAGAUAAAGAAUGAGGUACAAAUAGUUGUCUCAUAUCUUGACAACUAUUGUAAAUAAGGAAAAUCAAAAAUGUAAGGUUUUGUAUGUAUUUUUUCACCUUCAUGAGAAUAUAUCUGUUUUUCGCGGUUUUGUUGUCUGUGGUAUUAAUUCAGUUUAUUUUUGCAAGAUAUCGCUUCGUGUGUAUCUCUGUAAAAUAUGCUAUCUUAUUCUAUGUUGUUUAUUUGCUCGAUGCAUGAAUGCCGAAAAUUUCAGCUUGAAAUACUAGAUAAGACAGCCGAAAGAUACCAAAGGGACAUCGAAAUCAUCAGUCGAAAACAAACUGACAACGCCAUGGCUAAAAAAGAAAAAGACAAAUAAACAACAGUACACAAAAUACAACAUAGAAAACUGAAGACUGCGCAACAUGAACCCCACCAAAAAAUGGGAGUGAUCUCAGGUGCGCUGGAAAGGUAAGCAGGUUCUGCUCCACAUGUGGCACCCGUCGUCUUGCUAAUUUUAGUACAAACCACAAUUCAAGCCAAUUAAUACCGUAUCAACUGGAGAUAUAUACUGCGGAUGCAGGCGUUAUUUGAAUGUUACUACGUAGAAAUGGAAAGUCCACAACUGGGAAGACGAACUCAUCUCUCUUGUCGUAAAGUGUUGAUUUUAACCAAACCUCAUUGUCCAUUUCUAGAUGUAUAUCAAAACAUAGAAGGCAUAGUUACAUGUAUAUGAUAUAAUAGCAUUGGUACACAAAUAUUCACUAUUAACAUUUUUAAAAUCUGAAGAAAAUGUCAGUUUGAAAUUUUCAUGCUCCCACUACACAAUUUUCAGUCAAAACAUAAAUAUGUGUCAAAUAUAUAUCGAGACCAGGUAUUGAUAAGCUAAGUUGUGGACAAAAAUAUGAUAAAAUGUUCUUGAAAUGUAUUGGCUAUGCUUUUGGUUGAAAUAGAAAAAUCUCAUCUUAACAAAUUAAUAAUGCUAUGGAUUUAUUGUUUUCUAAAUCUUUUUUUUAUCAGAAUUAAAAUUUAUUUUCUAUAUUUACA